AUAGUGAGUAAAUCUUGCUGGAAAAAGUGUGAUGAAGUCAAAUUCGCCAAUAUGUUGGAAGGCUUCGUUUCAUUUACCUACACAAUCGACCCUGGAGUUGCCAUUCAUGGCGUCCGAGGUGGAGCCGGUCCACCACUUCUUCUACUACACGGCUUCCCACAAACACAUCGCAUCUGGGAUAGAGUAGCUGCGCAACUCAAAAACGACUUUGCAAUCAUAGCAAUCGACCUCCGAGGCUAUGGAGCUUCCAGUAAGCCUUCUGGUGUCGAGCAUUACGCCAAAAGUGCAAUGGCACGUGACGCCGCUCGAAUAAUGGCAAUGUUUGGUCACUUGUCGUACUUCGUAUGUGCUCACGAUCGAGGUGCCAGAGUUGCUCAUAAACUGUGUGUCAACUAUCCUGAGCGGGUCCGGAAAGCCAUCUUCCUAGACAUAUGUCCCACGUUAGCCAUGUACACCAAGACAGAUUUCGAUUUCGCAAAAUCAUAUUUCCACUGGUUCUUCCUGAUACAGAAGAGUCCUUUGCCAGAGACACUGAUCUCUGGAAAUCCAAGAAAAUUUCUAGAAAUGUUUACUGGCCCUCGAACGGAUCGGUCGACUUUCCUGGACGAGGCGUGGGAGGAAUAUGUGAAGGCACUCGAGGACCCGGCAGCAGUACAUUCUAUGUGCGAAGACUAUCGUGCUAGUGCAAGUGUGGACCUAGACGAAGCAAGAAAGGACAUUGAAGACGGAAGAAAGAUUCAGUGCCAUUUAAGAGUGCUGUGGGGAAAGAAAGGGGUGAUUGAGAAGUGCUUCGAUGCACUUGCAGAAUGGAGAAGCGUGUGUGAGGGCGAAGUCAGUGGACAUGUAGUUGACAGUGGUCAUUAUAUCCCCGAAGAGAAGCCAGAUGUGGUGAUUGAAAACAUCAGAGAAUUUUUCUUAGGUCAGUAGAUUGGUAAAAUGAAAAGGAGUAAGACAUGCAAG